GUAUGGGCUUUAGAAGCAGUGAAAAUUUCAGUCUCGUGUCUGUCGUUGUAGUGGUCGGUGGGUGGGACGCGUGCUCUGCGGGAUACUCUGUUGUGACUAAACCCGACCCGCCCCGCGCCGCAGACACAAGAUGCGUUCCGAGGUGCUGGUGAUGAUGGGCGGUGGCCGGCGGUCCCCCAAGCCCUCCGAGGACAUGGUGGGCAGCGGGUGGCUUUACCACGUGCACGACCUCUCCCUCAAGACCCUCAGAGACAGGGAACACGCCGUCAGGAGCACGCUGCCGCACGAUCCCAGGACGUGGAGCCGCGAGGACGUCCACCGCUGGCUCCACCACGUGUCCGAGGCCCACCAGCUGCCCCGGGUGUUCCCUGAGCGCUUCCUCAUGAACGGCAAAGCUCUCUGCCUCAUGACGCUGGACAUGUUCGUGCAGAGAGUACCCCUCGGAGGCAAGCUGCUAUACAAGGACUUUCAACUCCGCCUGUGCAACGCUAUGUACGCCUGAGUGACCUUGGCCCGUCCGUGCAUGUCUCGAGUUCGUGAGGACAAAAGUUCGCUGUCCUGGAGGGCGUUGCGGGUCAAGGUGUUUGUAGCCGUACGCAUGAUUCGGGUAUUUACGUAUAGUGGCGUGGAAAGACAUGUUCGUCGCGCAGUGCUGCUGAGAAACAAAUUAAGCUUCUCACGUCUUGUCUCACGAGUGCUGGGUGUCUACGCAAGGGUUUGAAGUAAGGCCGAUCUUGUCUUGUAACAACUGAACGCUGAAACCACUCAGUCCCCGUCUACAUCAUGUGACGUAUACUGUAUCGGCUGGGCUCAUCGGGUAAUAACGCUACCCCGUCAGUGCUUCACGUAAUGUUCCUCCAAGACCCCUAUUCUCUCGAUAUAAAGACGGGAACAUGACAUUUCUUCAAGUCACCGAAAAUGACCAAAGCAGUUAAUAUAUAGAGCUGCCGGCGGAGAGUGAUCUUGGCAAUGCCUCACCCUUCACUGCGCCGAGGAUAUUGGCUCCUUUGUGAUGCUUCCUAGGGACUGUCGGAGUCUUUCCUUUCCCGCCCCAUCCCGCUUGUCCCUCCAUCCUCGUGGGCAGUGUGAGGGAGGCAAGGGCACCCGGCUGACCACCCUCACACCGUUCUCCGCCCACCAACACAGGGCGACCAACAAACAGGAAACCGGUACACGGCACACUUCCUGGUCCCGCCGCGGCGCCGAGGGGAAGCGUCGCACUUCCGUCCAGCACCACCACCCUCCCCCCCCCCCCCCCUGGCCCUGACCACCUCCACCUCCCCAUGGCCACCGAUGCUACUAACAACCACUGCUACACACAAGUUCCUGUCACUGGCGCUGCCUCAGUGACUUAGGUAAAGGAUCUUGUGAUUCGUCUUAGUGCUGUGUCAAGACUUAAUUUGAAGUUGUGAAAGCAGUCAUUGGUUCGUGUUAUACUCUCAUCUCAGUUGCUCACUCUACCACCUCUGUAAUCCUUCAAUAGACUUUCCUGUCACUCUGUAAUCCUUCAAUACACUUUCCUGUCACUCUGUAAUCCUUCAAUACACUUUCCUGUCACUCUGUAAUCCUUCAAUACACUUUCCUGUCACUCUGCAAUCCUUCAAUACACUUUCCUGUCACUCUGCAAUCCUUCAAUACACUUUCCUGUCACUCUGUAAUCCUUCAAUACACUUUCCUGUCACUGCAAUCCUUCAAUACACUUUCCUGUCACUGCAAUCCUUCAAUACACUUUCCUGUCACUGUAAUC